UAUUUAUUUGAUUGCUUCACAAGCCUUUCUCUAAACAAAAACCAGGAGUGCUAAAGGAGAUAUUUUUCAAAGAAGAAAAAUGGCUGGAAUAUCACAAGAUUGGGAGCCGGUGGUGAUUCGCAAAAAAGCGCCGACCGCCGCCGCAAGAAAAGACGAGAAAGCAGUCAACGCCGCCCGUCGCGCCGGUGCUGAGAUCGAAACCGUCAGAAAAGCUACUGCAGGGUCAAACAAGGCUGCAUCUAGCAGUACAACUUUGAACACCAGGAAGCUUGAUGAGGAUACCGAGAACUUGUCACAUCAAAAGGUACCAACUGAAUUGAAGAAAGCCAUUAUGCAAGCACGACAAGAUAAGAAGUUGACUCAGUCUCAACUUGCCCAAUUGAUAAACGAGAAACCACAAAUCAUUCAGGAGUACGAGUCUGGAAAGGCAAUUCCAAACCAACAGAUAAUCUCUAAACUGGAGAGAGCUCUUGGUGCGAAACUGCGCGGAAAGAAAUAAAGGUUGGAAUAGUGAACCUGAUAAAAAAUAGUGAACCUUUUGAAUUAGACUGUCUGUUUGUGUCCUAAAAGUGGUCAUGUACAUGAGCUUUUUUACUUUAACCACUAUGGUAUUUGUUGUAUCUGGAUUCAUGAAUGUGGUUUUCGUGGUUAACUUGGGUGUUUUUUCGUGUGGAAAAUGAGGUGCUUACUCUUGUGGUGCGGAUUCCUUUUGCGUUGUGAUUCCUAGUUUCUUUUAAGGGAUGUCUUCUUAUGUCCUUCAAUCAACUUCGAUACUCAUGCUAGGAAUCCAUUAUAACGCCAAGGGCGAUCUAUUGGGGACACUUGACUACUUGGGGGAGGUACAACCAUUUAUGUUAUGGGUGUCUUUGUUCGAUAUUUCUCCGUCUUUUCUAUGCCCUUACCGAUGUUUUAGGAGCUGCCACACUUGUAUGCUUGUUCUAAACCAAAAAAUAGAAAAGUCAGAGACCAAGUUUGGUGAUUAAAGGUGCAUAAUGCGAUAUUUGUGUAUAAUGUACAGGUUUCUAGCUCUAUGUGAUAUGGUUGUUGCCUAUU